UUAUAAUAUCUCGUCCAAGUCAGUUCAGUGGUUUUUGUUUGUAUACAAAUACGUUUCUGCCAAUGAAAGUCUUAUGUCACUGUAAACAUUGUUUCGCUAAGAAUCGUAUUCUACAAAUAUUUGCGGACAGACACAAUUUUCAUUAUUAUUAAUUUGUAUUACGUUUAAAUAUGAAGUAUUGUAAUUCUUAAUGUAAUUAAAAGAGAAACGAAAUGUACGAGAAGUAUAUUAUAGUAAUACCAUUUCUUCUAAUAUUAAUAUUUAUUACGAGUUCUGAAAGAUCAAGUGGUUUGUAUGUAGACAAUGGAGUCGAUCAAACAAUUUUACAUAAGGUGGCUAGUCGGAAACAAAAACGAGAAGUGGAGGAUAAAUUAUUAAAUCUUUUUGAAUUACCCAAGAGACCAAAGAGAAUCGCACGCAGAGCUUUGUUAGUUAAAAGAUCAGCGCCUACGUUUUUACUGAAUAUUUAUAAAAAUAUUUUAUCCAAUAACAAAUCGAUUCAAGACGAACAUAACAAUAUGGAUGAAUUUAAUUUAACUAAUCAUGAUAUUAAUAUUAUUGACCAAAGUGAUCUGAUUAUGACAUUUGGUGCUCAUAAUCCACAUUCAGGUAAUGCAUCCAAAACUAAUCGUGGAAAAAGGAUCUGGUUCGAUGUAUCGGAAGUGCCGCGAGGAGAACGUAUUAUUGCAGCCGAACUACGACUAUAUCAAAGUCUAAAUACGAAUGCUCAAUUUAAUAAGACUUAUGCAAUAGCAUUAUAUAGAGUGGCCCGUACAAAAAAUGGAGGACGUAUUAAACAUUACAUAAAUUCUGCUAAUACUACAAUAGCAGUAUAUCAUGCUGAUUAUACAGGACGUAUUAUGAGACCAGACGAUAUAGGAAUUGUAGGUGUUUUAGGAGCUCCACAUAAACAACCAUUUAUGGUCGGCUUUUUUAAAAAUUCUGGCAACCGUAUUAAACGUGAUAUAACGUCUACACAAAAGGAGGAUGAUACCAAUCAACUGAAAUAUAAUCUUCGUAAUAUAAACUUUAAAAGUAAUCCUUAUACCAGUCGGGUUGUUCGAAGAAAUAGGAAUACGUGUAAUAUGAAAACUUUAUACGUAAAUUUUAAAGAUCUUCAAUGGCAAGAUUGGAUCAUAGCACCGGAAGGGUACGAUGCUUAUUAUUGUAGCGGAGAAUGCAAUUUUCCACUAAACCUUCACGUGAAUGCAACUAAUCAUGCCAUUGUACAGACUUUAGUACAUCUUAUGAAACCAAAAGAGGUACCGAAACCUUGUUGUGCACCUACGAAACUAUCAUCGAUUUCGGUACUGUAUUUUCUCGACGACAGUAACGUUGUUUUAAAAAAAUACAGAAAUAUGGUUAUCAAUAGUUGCGGUUGCCAUUAAAUUGUAUAGCUCAAAUUUUUAACAAACGGACAAGAAUUCUUUUACUUAAUUCGCUUAUAAGUUGACACAGAUAUUAACGUAUAUUGUUAUAUUAAAUAUUUGAAUUAUAUCAGGGCAUAGAAGAAUAUAUUUUAAUAAACAAUUGUAUUUAAAAAUAUGUAUUUACAUAAUAUUUAUAAUAUAUAUCAUAACAACAACAACAUGUAUACAAUUAUUCUUAAAUUAUAUUAUGCUAUAAUAUCACACCCUUUAAGAAUGAAUCUCCUCUCUGCACACCAGUGCAGAGAUGCAUGUUUCGGCAGAUCUGCAGGUUGAUGCUGUAAAAGCUUAAUCGUUUCAGAGAGGAUUUAUUUGUAUAUAUGCUGAAUAAAACAUACUGUAAGAUUGAGAACAAUUCAUAGCAUGCUUUCUUUAUAAACAUUUCCUAAAUACAUCUCUCUGGGACAACUACUCUAAAAACACUUUUAAGAGAGAUGUAUUUAAGAAAUGUUUAUAAAGAAACUUUAUUUUUUACUUUUGUGUUAAUAAAGGCAGACGGGAGCUUUGGUUUAAGGUUAAGUUUAGAAUAAUUUCCACAUUGUGAUUAUACUAAACAAUAAUAAACCGAGUCCGAUGUAAACGACAAUGAUUUAUCAUUUAUUGUAAUACCCAAUGAAGAAAGUGGAAUACAAGUUUUGUCGGUCAGGCGUUCUAUUCAAUAAUCUGAGAUCCUUUCCAGCUGAAGCUGAUUAAGAAAAUCAUGAGUCAACGGUAUAUAAAACAAUCGUUAUGUUAGAGCGAGAUCGCAUAAUAUAAAACAAUGACUCUUGAUUAGUUAUUACAACAUGUCAUUUAAGUUAUGCUAACAAAAAUAUAACUCUUAUUACCAGUGAUAAUAAUCGUUCAUCCGUAUAAGUAAAAUAUCUUUGCAGUCACGUCUACGAAUAAAUAUAUAAUAUAUCUUAAGAAUAACGUCAUCGUAUACAUACAUAUAUAAGGUAUUUCGCGAAUAACUUUAUCGGUUAUACGCAUAAUAAUGUAUGAUCUAUCUGACAACGAAUAACCUUC